GCAUGUUGCAUUUAUAUCAAUAAUGAUUUUAUGAUCAGUUACAAGCGACACGAUGCCCAUCUGCAUCGAGUGCUCAUAUCCAGUCUCCCAUCUGUACAGCACCUACAGCCGUGCUGAUGACCGAUCAUUGGGUAAAGGAGUACGCUUGACUCAAUGUCCGCGCUGCCAGCGCUUCGCCGACAAAUAUGUCGAAUAUGACUUUGUCGUACUCUUCAUUGAUCUUGUCCUGAUCAAACCACAGGUGCGGCUCUUGCUCUGCAAAUUGAACCCAAAGCUAAAUGUACCAGGUAUAUCGCCAUCUGCUCUUCAAUCGAUUAGGAGGCUAUGACAACCAAUUCGAUGUAAGACCGCCCGCCCACUGUCAACACUUUCAUCA